AUGGAAAAGAACAAGCAACUGAAAUGUAGCUGGCUUGCAAACCAGUUACUUGAUGUUUUCAAAGCUAGGCCUCAUUGGCCUGCUAAAGAAAUUAUUGAAACUGUGAGGAGAGCUUAUAGAGCCAUUGUGAAGCCUGAUUUUGCUUAUAAAGUUAAGUGGCAUGCUCACUGGAAACUUCAUGGGUCAAUAAGGGACCAUUAUGGGAAGGUUGGUAGAUACCUAGAAGCUGUGAAAAGGUUCAGUCCUAACACACACUUGGACUUGGUAACUUACAUGGAGAAGAACAAGACUCCAAUGAUUUUUCAGAGACUGUAUGUGUGUUUUGAGGGUGUGCAGAUGGGUUGGAAGGAAGGGUGUAGGAAGAUAAUUUGUGUAGAUGCAUGUUUCUUGAAAACAUUCCUAGGAGGUCAGUUGAUGUCAGCUGUAGGGAGGGAUGGUAAUGAUCAAAUGUACCCAAUUGCUUGGGCUGUAGUGGAGGGAGAAAACAAUAUUUCUUGGGAAUGGUUCCUUAAACACCUCAGCAAUAGCCUUGGUCUGGGAGAAGGAGAUGGAGUUGUUAUUGUUUCUGAUGAGCAUCAGUCAAUCUUAACUGGAGUUGGAGUCAUUCUCCCUAAUGCUGAGCACAGGCACUGUGCAAGGCAUAUUUAUGCCAAUUGGCACAAGUCCUUCAAAGGGGAUGAAUUGAAGCUUAAGUUUUGGAGCUGUGCCAAGGCAUACAGUAGAGCUGACUAUAAGGAAGCAUUAGAGAAAUUAACACUAGCUAAUCCAACAGCUGUAGAGGCUUUCAAAGCAUACAAUCCAAAGCUGUUUUGCAGAGCUUUUAUGAAAAUAGAGGUGAAGUCUGAUGCCAUAACAAGCAACAUGGCAGAGACUUUCAAUGGGUACAUAAUACAAGCCAGAGCAAAACAUCUACUGUACAUGCUUGAAGACAUUAGAUCAUCAUUAAUGGAAAGAUUGGUGACAAAGAAACAGGAAAUGGAGAAAUGGACAACAUCACUUUGUCCUAGGAUACAAAAAAGGUUGGAGUGGGAGAAAGAAGAGGCAGCCAAGUGUCAUGUCAUCCCCUCAAGCAGUACAUUGUUCCAAGUUAGUCACAUUUUGGACACAAUGAGUGUUGACCUUGAAAAUAGGAAGUGCACUUGCAGAAAAUGGGAUAUGACAGGCAUCCCUUGUUGCCAUGCUGUUGCAGAAUUGUUCUUCACACAUAGAAAUGCAGAGGAUUUUGUUGAUGAUUAUUCAAGAAGGAUAAGUACCUGCUGUGUUAUUCAAAUUCAAUCCCUCCCUUGGAGGGGAAAAGACACUGGCCAAGGAGUGAUUUGGUGUUAG